AUGAUCAACAGGUUGGACGCUCCCACGUUGGGGCGUCUCCUUCUCCUAUUGGCAAUCGUUGGAACUGUGGUAGCCAAUGCCAAUACUAACGAAACCACAAAGGUGCUUCUUCGUCGUCAUCGACGACUGGUGCUCAACCAAGAUGGAACGCUCCUCAAUGACGUUGAAACCACUUUCCCAGACCUUCAACAAUAUGAUUCUUUGAAUGAAGAUGCGACUGUUCAGCUCUAUAGAUUCACGGAUUCCAAUAUUCCAGAGGGAACCACUGUAAGGUGUUCUUUGGAUUGCACCGACACAGGUUCCUUUAGUGACGCUGCGAUUUCAUUCAAGGAGGGGACACUGCCAACAUUUUACAACGAUUUCAAUGAUAGAAGGACCAGUGACUGUGUCUUUACCAACGAUUUCACCAUGACUGCGACGGUACCCUUGUACGUGUUUUUGGCAAGUUCUCGAAGUGCUGGAUUGGUCAAUGGAAAGAUCAGGUGCAGGACACUCCCCUCCACACUCUCAUCUGAUGGCACACUUGCUGAUAACGUGGAAACCAGCUUUGCUGAUCUUACAUCAUAUGAUGCAAUGAAUGAAGAUGCAACUGUCCAGGUGUACAAAUUCACAAACAGUGAUGUACUGGAUGAUACAGUUGUCAGAUGCUCCUUGGAUUGCAUCAAUGAUGAGUCGUUUUCUUCCAAAACUAUCGCAUUCCAUGAGGGAACCCUGCCAAUAACCUACGAUGAUAGAGAUAGUGGAUCCAGUGGAAACUGCUUCUUCACAAGAGACUAUACCAUGACAAGUACAUUGCCCUUGUACAUUUUUGUGACCAGCUUUGAGAGCAGUGGAUUAGUUGGUGGCAGGAUCAGAUGCAGAACUCUUCCUUCAACACUCUCAUUAGAUGGGAUCCUUCUUGACAAUCAGGAAAUCACAUUUGCCGAUCUUGCAACAUAUGAUGAAAUGGAUGAAGAUGGAACUGUCCAGGUUUACCAGUUCACCAGCUCUGCUAUACAGGAUCAGACAAUCGUCCGAUGCUCAUUGGAUUGCAUCAAUGAUGAUUCGUUUUCAAAAGUCAUCUCAUUCCAUGAAGGAACCCUGCCAACAACCUUCACAGACAGAGACAAUUUCAGAAAUAGCGAAUGCCUCUUCACUGAUGAUUUUACCAUGACAAGUAUUGCUCCCCUAUUUGUUUUUGUCGCCAGCUUUGAGCGUGAUGGAUUAGUUGGUGGCAAGAUCAGGUGUCGAGCACUUCCUUCCACCCUCUCAUCUGAUGGGAUGCUUACUGAUGAUGUGGAGACAACAUUUGCUGAUAUUACACAAUAUGAUGGUAUGGAUGAAGAUGGAACUGUCCAGGUUUUCCAGUUCACCGGCUCUGUCAUACAGGAUCAGACAAUCGUCAGGUGUUCUUUGGAUUGCAUCAAUGAUGACUCAUUUUCUAGAACCAUUUCAUUCCAUGAAGGGACAGCGCCAACAACCUAUGAUGACAGGGAUCAAAUCAGCUUUGGUGAUUGCUUCUUCAGCAGUGACUACACUAUGGACACAAUAGCACCAUUAUUUGUGUUUGUGACCAGUUUUCAAGGUGAAGGAUUAGUCGGUGGCAAGAUCCGGUGUCGAGCACUCCCCUCCACACUCUCAUCUGAUGGGACACUCUCUGAUGAUGUGGAAGUCAGCUUUCCAAAUCUGCCAAUAUAUGAUCCUAUGGAUGAAGAUGGAACUGUCCAGGUGUACCAGUUCACAGGCUCUGCUAUCCAGGAUGAAACAGUGGUGAGGUGUUCUUUGGAUUGCAUCAAUGAUGGUGGUUUCUCUGAGAUCAUUGCAUUCCAUGAAGGGACCUUGCCAACAACAUAUGAUGACAGGGAUCAAAGAUCAUUUGGCACCUGCUUCUUUGUUGCUGAUUACACCAUGAGCAGUAUUGCACCAUUGUUUGUGUUUGUGUCUGGCUCCACUUCUGGGGAUGAUGAACUAGUCAAUGGAAGAAUCCGGUGUCGAGCACUUCCUCAAACUCUUUCUUCCAAUGGAACCCUUUCUGAUGAUGUGGAAACAACCUUUGCUGAUCUGUCAGAGUAUGACCCCAUGGAUGAAGAUGGAACAGUCCAAGUCUACAAGUUCACAAAUGCUGAUGUACUGGAUGAUACAAUUGUCAGAUGUUCUUUGGAUUGCAUCAAUGAUGAUUCAUUUUCUAAAACCAUUUCAUUCCAUGAAGGGAGCCUGCCAACAAUCUAUGAUGACGCAGAUGAUCGUGUUUUUGAUGACUGUUUCUUUACAAAUGACUACACCAUGCGCAGUGUGGCACCAUUGUUUGUCUUUCUAACAAGCCGUGAGAGUAAUGGAAUCGUUGGUGGAAAGAUCAGGUGCAGGGCACUUCCAUCCACCCUCUCAUCUGAUGGAACUCUUGCGGAUAAUGUGGAAACCAGCAUUGCCGAUCUUCCAACAUAUGAUGCCAUGGACGAGGAUGGAACUGUCCAGGUGUACACAUUCACAAGCACUGACAUACCGGCUAGUACCUCCAUUAGGUGCUCUUUGGGUUGUAUCAGUGAAGGCACGGUUACGGUCUCAUUCCAUCAGGGAACUCUGCCAACUACUUAUGCUGACAGAGAUGGUAGAACAACUGGUGGAUGCUCCUUCAAUGCUUUCUUCACCACAGGAAGUACUACUGAGCCUUUGUAUAUAUUUGUCACAAACUUUGGUAAUGAUGGAUUGAUUGGUGGAACAAUCACUUGUACAUCGGGAACAUUCACUCCUACACCAGGGCCAACAACAGCAGCUCCUGCACCAACUCGGAACCCAGUUUCAGGACUUGCUCAAGAUGGGAUACUUGCUGAUAAUGUGGAAACCAGCUUUGCUGAUCUUCCCCAAUAUGAUUCUUCCAAUGAAGAUGGAACUAUUCAAUUGUACAAGUUCACCAACCAAGAUAUUCCUGACAGCAUUGUGGUUAGGUGCUCCUUGGAUUGCAUCAAUACUGGAAACUUUGACAGCAGAAUAUCCUUUCAUCAAGGGACCCUACCAAUAACUUUGAAUGACAGAGAUGAUAGUAUCACUGGCAACUGCCUCUUCACCAAUGAUUACACAAUGGCCAGCACAGCACCUUUGUAUGUGUUUGUGACAAGCAUUGACAGUGCUGGAUUGGUUAAUGGAAGAAUCAGGUGCAGAUCACUACCCUCAACACUCACAUCUGAUGGGACACUUGCUGAUGAUGUUGAAACCAGCUUUGCUGACCUACCACAGUAUGACCCCUUGGAUGAGGAUGGGACAGUCCAAGCGUACACUUUCACAAGUUCCAAUUUACCCGUUGGUACAGUUGUUAGGUGCUCUUUGGAUUGCACCAACACUGGUUCUUUUGACAAUAGAUUGUCAUUCAAUCAAGGAACGCUGCCAGCAACAUUGACUGACAGAGACGAUUUCAACAGUGCAAAGAACUGCCCCCUAGUAAAUGAAUACACAAUGGCCAGCACAGAAUUCUUGUUUGUGUUUGUGACCAACUUUGAUAGUGCUGGACUGGUCAAUGGAAGAAUCACGUGCAGGGCACUCCCUUCCACACUCUCAUCUGAUGGGACGCUUGCUGAUGAUGUGGAAACCAGCUUUGCUGAUCUCCCACAGAAUGAUCGCAUGGAUGAGGAUGGGACUGUUCAGGUAUACAAGUUCACUGAAUUGGAUGUACCAGAUGCUACAGUUGUGAGAUGCUCUUUGGAUUGUGCGAAUACUGGUUCCUUUGACAGUGAGAUUUCCUUCCACCAAGGGUCCUUGCCAACAGAUUAUGAUGACAGAGAUCGUGGGAACAGUGGCAACUGCUUCUUCGCCAAUGCGUACACAAUGGCCAGCACAGCACCCUUGUAUGUGUUUGUGGCAAACUUUGAUGAUGCUGGUUUGGUCAAUGGAAAGAUCAGGUGCAGAGCACUACCUUCCACACUCUCCUCAGAUGGGAUGCUGGCUGACAAUGUGGAAACCAGCUUUGCUGAUCUCCCACAGUAUGACAUCAUGGAUGAAGAUGGAACUAUACAGUUGUACAGUUUCACAAAUGGUGAUCUACCAGAUGAUACAGUUGUCAGGUGCUCCUUAGAUUGCCUCAACACAGGUUCCUUCGACAGCUUCAUUGCCUUCCACCAAGGGUCCUUGCCAACAACUUUGAAUGACAGAGAUCGUUUCGACAGUGGCAACUGCUUCUUCACAGAUGAUUACACCAUGGCGAGUACAGCACCCUUGUUUGUGUUUGUGGCCAACUUUGAUAGCGCUGGACUGGUCGAUGGUAGAAUCAGGUGCAGGGCACUCCCUUCCACACUUUCAUCUGAUGGGAUACUGGCUGACAAUGUGGAAACAAGUUUUGCCAAUCUUCCAACGUAUGAUGCCAUGGAUGAAGAUGGAACUAUACAGUUGUACAAUUUUACAGGUUCCGAUAUACCAGAUGACACAAUUGUUCGGUGCUCUUUGGAUUGCCUCAACACUGGUUCAUUUGACAACAGAAUAUCCUUCCGCCAAGGAGCCCUCCCAAGAACCUUGGCGGAUGACAGUACUUUUGGCGCCAGUAGUGGCAACUGCUUCUUCACUGACGAUUUCACCCUGACAAGUACAGCACCCCUCUCUGUCUAUGUGACAAACUUUGACAGUGCUGGCUUGAUCAAUGGAAGAAUCAGGUGUAGGUCACUCCCCACAACACUAGCGUCCGAUGGGACUCUAGCUGAUGGUGUGGAAACCAGCUUUCCUAAUCUGCCGGUGUAUGAUCCAAUGGAUGAAGAUGGCACUGUCCAGGUUUACAAUUUCACCAAUGCUGAUAUUCCAGGUGGAACAACUGUUCUUUGUCGUCUGAAUUGUAUCAAUGCUGGCACCUCUGACAACUCCCUCAGAUUCCUGGAAGGGUCGCUACCACAAACCCUCAAUCAAUUUUUUGAUGGACGAAGUGGAAAUUGUCCUUUUCAGGCAUCAUACACUUUGUUCAAUACUGCAGCGCUCUAUGUCUUUGUCACUAAUUUUGAUGAUGCUGGGCUGAUUGGAGGCAGUCUCACUUGUUCCACAGCUCCAGCACCAGAACCCACGCCAGGCCCAACUUCAAUUCCUACCCGCUUCCCUACACCAUCACCCACCAAUCCACCAGGUCCAGUUCCAACACCAAAACCUACACAAAACCCCAACAACUUCACUCCGCGAAAACCCACACCAGUUCCCACUCUAGGUCCUACUCCCACACAACUGCCAAUUGAAGCCCCAACAGUUGCUCCCACCAUUCUCCCCACAGAGGCACCAACACCAACCUGCUUUUCGGAAGAUUCUCAAGUUAUUGUGCUAGGACAAGGACAAACUCCAAUGAAGGAUCUCAAGGUUCGUGACAAAGUCCUUGUUGGGACUCAAGGCAAUCAGACACAGUAUCAAGAAGUAUAUGCCUUUGGGCACUAUGACACCUCUUCCCCCACAGACUUUCUGGCAAUCUAUACCCAACCAAUCAACCACCAUUAUUAUUAUCAACCCAUGGAGGUAUCUCCUGGCCAUUUGCUCUUUGUCCAUGGCAAGGAAGUAGCUGUGCGUGCAGACUCGGUGAAAGCAGGUGACUAUUUGAUUCAAAAGACCAGCACCGAAACAGCUAGUACCACCAAUGAUGAUUCACUGCUUCAGGUGUCCAGAAUUGAGUCCAGAACCAAGAUUGGGGCAUACAUGCCACUCACCAAGGAUGGCACCAUUGUGGUCAAUGGCAUUGCUGCUUCAGCCUAUGUCUCCAUCCUAGAUGAUGCUCCUGAUAUUGUUCAAAAGUACAUGGCCAUCAUGUCCGAAGAGACCUUGCUGCACUGGUGGUUGGCCCCUUACCGUCUUGUUUGCAUUCACAUCUCAGCCAAGCUUUGUGAGAAUGACUACAAUGAGGAAGGCAUUGCCUACUGGCUGGCCAUUGGAAAGUACAUUGCUGCUACAGGCAAUCAUUGUUGGAUUGGCAUUCAGCUGGUUGGUCUGGCUGUUGUCACCUCCUUUAUGGCCGUCUUUGUGGCGCUGGAAGUGAUGGUGGAUCACUUCUGGUUGGCUGCAUUGGCUGGCUUGGCUGCCCUGACAGUCUGGGUGGGUAGGGGACCAGCCGGAAAGAAGAAUUUGUAG